CUCGGCGCGCGCUAGGACCCAGCAGGGCUCCGGGCCCGGGUGGGGAGCCUCGCCGCCGACCCCGGGCGGGCGCCGGGCGCUGGAGCCGGGGUUCCGGCCGCGAUCGGCUGCAGCUCGGCCGGGAGACGGCGCGACCCGGCGGCGGGGCCAGCCGCGAGUCCACGCCGCCGCAGCCCCCGACGCGGCCGCGAGAAGCAGCGCGGGGGGGGGCAGGCGAUCGAAGCCCCCAGAAGCAUCCUCUGGUGAUGAUGAAGGUCUCUUUGUCUUCUCUGUGAAGGAGCGAUGCUGACCUCGGCUUCCUGGACCCAUUCCGACUCAGGAGCCUUCACGUAAAUGGGUCCAGUCAUGCCUCCCAGUAAGAAGCCAGCAAGCUCAGGAAUUAGCGUGCCCAGCGGACUGAGCCAGUGUUACCGGGGCAGCAGUUUCCCCAAGGCUCUGCAGGAGGAUCAUGACUUGGACUUCUCGCUCCCCGACCUCAGGCACGAAGAGGGGGCCAUGGAGGAUGAGGAGCUGACCAACCUGAACUGGCUGCACGAGAGCAAGAACCUGCUCAAGAGCUUCGGGGAGUCGGUCCUCAGGAGUGUGAGCCCCGUCCAGGACCUGGACGACGACACGCCCCCGUCCCCCGCCCGCUCGGACAUGCCCUAUGAUGCCAGGCAGAACCCCAACUGCAAGCCGCCCUACUCCUUCAGCUGCCUCAUCUUCAUGGCCAUCGAGGACUCCCCGACCAAGCGCCUGCCAGUGAAGGAUAUUUACAACUGGAUCUUGGAACAUUUUCCCUAUUUUGCAAAUGCUCCCACUGGGUGGAAAAACUCAGUGAGACACAAUUUGUCAUUGAAUAAGUGUUUUAAGAAAGUGGACAAGGAGAGGAGUCAGAGUAUUGGGAAAGGGUCGUUAUGGUGCAUAGACCCAGAGUAUAGACAAAAUCUAAUUCAGGCUUUGAAGAAGACACCUUACCACCCACCCUCCCAGGGGCUCAGCAGACCCCCCACCUCUCCUCAGGCAUAUCAAAGCACAUCAGGUCCACCUCUCUGGCCAGGCAGCACCUUCUUCAAGAGAAAUGGAGCCCUUCUACAAGAUCCUGACAUUGAUGCCGCCAGUGCCAUGAUGCUUUUGAAUACUCCCCCUGAGAUACAAGCAGGUUUUCCUCCAGGAGUGAUACAGAAUGGAGCGCGGGUUCUGAGCCGAGGGCUGUUUCCUGGCGUCCGGCCACUGCCAAUCACUCCCAUCGGGAUGACAGCUGCCAUGAGGAACGCCUUCAGCAGCUGCCGGACGCGGACCGAGAGCGAGCCGUCGUGUGGCUCCCCAGUGGUCAGCGGAGACCCCAAGGAAGAUCACAACUACAGCAGUGCCAAGUCCUCCAAUGCCCGGAGCACCUCGCCCACCAGCGACUCCGUCUCCUCCUCCACCUCGUCCUCCUCCUCCUCCUCCUCCUCGGCCGAUGACCACUAUGAGUUUGCCACGAAGGGGAGCCAGGAGGGCAGUGAGGGGAGCUUACACAGCCACGAGAGCCCCAGUGACACGGAAGAGGACGACAGGAAACCCAGCCAGAAGGAAGUUAAGGAUGCUGUCGGGGACAGCGGCUUCGCAUCCCAGCACAAGAAGCGCCCGCACGUGGCCAAGGCCAGGAAGGUCCCCAGCGACACGCUGCCCCUUAAAAAGAGACGCACGGAAAAGCCGCCCGAGAGCGACGACGAGGAGAUGAAGGAAGCAGCCGGCUCACUCCUCCACUUGGCGGGGAUCAGGUCCUGUUUGAACAACAUCACCAAUCGGACGGCAAAGGGGCAGAAGGAGCAAAAGGAAACCACAAAAAAUUGAAAAACAAGUCACUGAUUUGUUUUGAACUUACGGCCAUUUGGUUUCAGCAUGUCAGGAGAUUUCUAAUGAUUUGUGGCAAUAUCAGUAACUUUUUUUUUUUUGGUUUGGUUUUCUUUCUUUUCUUUUCUUUUCUUCUUUUUUUUCAUUUAAUUUGCCCCGCUUUUCCUUUAUCUUGGACCCUUAAGAAUUUUAUUUUAAAGGAGAUUGAAGCCAUAGAACUCAUGUUGACACUCA